AGCCUCUGGCAUCGAGCCGCUGGUAGCUGACUGGGGAAAGACGGCAAAGCAGCGACCGACCGGCGGGGGAGACUGGCAGUGCAAAGGGAAGGACGGGGGGGAAUUUAGGCUGUGUCCCGUAUUUGGAAUAAGCGAGGCUAGAGCUUUCCCCCUGACGUGAAACGAGCUUUUCUGUAACCUUCAUAAGAGAAAAAGGGAGCCGCAUUUUUUCUCCUUUGACGGCUAACUUACAGGGCUGCUGGUUGGAACUCUUGGCGAACCAUCGCUUUUGAACUGUGAAGAAACUAAAGAGACGUUGACGAAGAAUGGGAUUUAAAGAACAUAUCUUCCAGCAGUGAGUUGUGAAAACGGGGAUAUUUUGCAGUUGGAUAAAAAAAAAAUAUAAAUAUAUAUAUAUAUACAUUGUCAGAGACCGACUUCAUUUAGUUGAGUCGUGUUAACGCUGCGUGUUACAUGUCAACUCCCGGGAAAAGGGGGAAGUUAUGGCAUUAAGGAACGGCGAAAAGUAGCGUUAACGUUAGCUCCCUGGUUAGCUGAAUAGCUAACCUAGCAGGCUGCUAAGCUUCUGUCGCCCUUCCAUUCCUGGAGCAGAGGAGGGGCGCUGGAGCUUUGUAGCAUUGCAGAUCUGGUUUGGAUUUUUUUGGAUUGCUGCAAGAAUGGAGAAUCCCAAAUAUUUGUCUCAACUCAGGGAGGUGUUUUGAACGGCUUCGACUUGGUCAUUUUAAAUAUAUAUAUAUAUAUAUUUCGUCUUAGCGCCAGAGGAGAGCAGAGAACUGUCUGCUAACGCUGCGAUUCCAACAAAAUCAGCCGGCCCGGGGCAGGCAGGGGCUGUUACUAGCUUACUUCUUUUCUUAUGCACCCUUUGAGGGGUUGGGGGGGAUAGGUAUUAAAAAAAUGGGGAAGUGCUGCACGUCUCACCCAGCUUCAAGAUACUGGCUCUCGAGAGGGAGGUCAUGAUUAGGCGUAUUUUAACGCUUAUUUAGCCCCGGCUUGGCCUCAACGCGCAAAAGUUUGAUUAUUUUUUGAGACGUGCAGUGGCGAGAACUUCUUUUCAAGGCCCCCCCCUCUGCGCUGACUUCCAGGCCGAGGAGUUGUUUGCUCGUCCAACCCCAUCCAUCACCAUUGCUACAAAAACCCAACAGUAAGGAAUAAAACAUGUCGGGAGAGGUGCGUUUGAAGAAGCUGGAGAAGCUGAUCCUGGACGGGCCGGCUCAGUCUAAUGGCCAGUGCCUGAGUGUGGAGACGCUGCUGGAUAUCCUGGUGUGCCUCUAUGAUGAGUGCAACAUCUCCCCCCUCAGAAGGGAGAAAAACGUCCUGGAGUUUUUGGAAUGGGCCAAACCCUUCACAUCCAAAGUGAAGCAGAUGCGCCUGCACAAGGAAGACUUUGAGAUCCUUAAAGUGAUUGGACGAGGAGCCUUUGGAGAGGUUGCAGUGGUAAAAGUGAAAAACACUGACAAAGUUUUUGCAAUGAAGAUUCUCAACAAGUGGGAGAUGCUGAAGCGAGCAGAGACGGCAUGUUUCCGGGAGGAGCGGGAUGUGUUGGUGAAUGGGGACUGCCAGUGGAUCACCACCCUGCACUACGCCUUCCAGGAUGACAAUAAUCUGUACCUGGUGAUGGACUACUAUGUCGGCGGUGACCUGCUGACUCUGCUCAGCAAGUUUGAGGACCGGCUGCCGGAGGAGAUGGCCAAGUUCUACCUGGCUGAGAUGGUGCUGGCCAUCGACUCGGUUCAUCAGCUACACUACGUCCACAGGGACAUCAAGCCCGACAACAUUCUGCUGGAUAUGAACGGCCACAUCCGCCUGGCUGACUUUGGCUCCUGCCUCAAACUCAUGGAGGAUGGGACGGUUCAGUCAUCUGUGGCUGUGGGAACCCCAGACUACAUCUCUCCAGAAAUCCUCCAGGCUAUGGAGGAUGGGAAAGGCAAAUAUGGACCAGAGUGUGACUGGUGGUCCCUGGGGGUCUGCAUGUAUGAAAUGCUGUACGGCGAGACUCCUUUCUAUGCAGAAUCCUUGGUGGAAACCUACGGGAAGAUCAUGAACCACAAGGAGAGAUUCCAGUUCCCACAGCAGAUCACAGAUGUUUCUGAGGAAGCGAAAGAUCUGAUUCGCCGACUUAUUUGCAGCCGAGAGCACCGAUUGGGCCAGAAUGGCAUCGAGGACUUUAAGCAGCACCCCUUCUUCGCAGGCAUCGAUUGGGAUAACAUUCGCAUGUGUGAAGCCCCCUACAUCCCAGAGGUCAGCAGUCCUACAGACACCUCCAACUUCGACGUGGACGACGACUGUCUCAAGAACUCGGAGACUAUGCCCCCUCCCUCUCACACUGCUUUCUCAGGCCACCACCUGCCCUUUGUAGGUUUCACCUACACAAGUAAAUGUACUCUGUCUGAUCGGGGUUGCCUGCGACAGCUGGGAGGUGAGCCGGGUAAGGCCGGGCAGGACAAGCUGGAUGUUGAAGUGCAGCGUAGCCUGGAGGACAGCCUGGCCACUGAGGCCUACGAGAGAAGGAUUCGCCGCCUGGAGCAGGAGAAGCUAGAGCUGAGCCGCAAACUGCAAGAGUCGACUCAGACGGUGCAGGCGCUGCAGCACACGGGCGAGGGCCCCCUCAGUGCUAACAAGGAGGUGGAGAUCAGGAGCCUGAAAAGUGAGAUCGACAUUCUCAAGAAGCAGAUCGCUGACUCAGGCCAACUGGAGAAGCAGCUGGAGGAUGUGACGCUGGCUCGGAGAGACUUGGAGGACUCGUCCAAACACAUCAAGACUCUUGAGAAACAGAUGAAGAGCAUCACACAGGAGAGGGAUGACCUACAAAAGGAUCUCAUGGACGCCAGCGAGAAGUUGAAGUCUCAGUCUAAAGAGCUGAAGGAAGCUCACAGCCAGAGAAAACUGGCCAUGCAGGAGUUUUCAGAGCUGAACGAGAAGCUCACAGACCUCAGGUCGGCGAAGCAGCGCCUGGUUCGUCAGCUGCGUGACAAAGAGGAGGAGAUGGAAAGCCAGAAUCAAAAGGUGGAGGCUCUCCGCCUCGAGGUGCGAAAGGCCGAGAGGGCCAAGAAGGAGAUGGAGGCUCAGGUAGAGGAGCAGGCGGCCGAGGCUCAGAAAGAGAAGAAGCUGCGAGAGCGCAACGAGCAAUACAGCCGACAGCUGGAGGAGGAGCUGGAGGGGCUGAAGGUGAAGCAGGCUGGCUCCUCUGCUGCCCCGGCCUCGGCAGAUCAAACCCAGGAGGUCGGUCGUUUACGUGGAGAAAUGGAGAAGAAAACGAUGUUCUUCGAUGAAGAGUUGGCCCGCAAGGAGGCACAGCACAGCGCCGAGCUGAAGGCGCUGCGUAAAGAGCUGAGAGACGCUGAGAGCCAACAGCUCAACCUGCAGAAAGAGAUCAUGAUGCUCAAAGACAAACUGGAAAAGACUCGUCGUGAAAGCCGAAGUGAGCGGGAAGAGUUUGAGACCGAGUACAAGCAGAAGUAUGAGCGAGAGCGAGUCCUGCUCACCGAAGAAAACAAGAAGCUGUCCAGUGAACUCGAUAAGCUAACCACCAUGUUUGAGAAGAUGAGCAGCUCCAACAGGCAGCUGGAGGAUGAGAUGAGGGAGCUGGCUGAUAAAAAGGAGAGUGUAGCUCACUGGGAGGCCCAGAUCACAGAAAUCAUCCAAUGGGUGAGUGAUGAGAAAGAUGCUCGGGGCUACCUGCAGGCUCUGGCCACUAAGAUGACAGAAGAGCUGGAGGGGCUGAGAAGCAGCAGCCUGGGAGCGAGAGCCACGGACAUGCCGUGGAAAAUGCGGCGUUUGGCCAAGCUGGACAUGUCUGCACGCUUGGAGCUGCAGUCGGCCCUGGACGCUGAGAUCAGGGCCAAGCAGAGCAUCCAGGACGAGCUGAACAAAGUAAAGGCCAACAACAUCUCCACAGAAUGUAAACUGCAGGAAGUUGAGAGUAAAAACCAGGAACUGCUGGCUGAGAUUGAGCGUCUGAAAAAGGAGACGGAGGAGCUGCGGCUACGGCGAGGUGUCAAGCACCAGGAUUCCCAGAAUUCCUUCUUGGCUUUUCUCAAUGCCCCCACCUCAGCACUCGACCAGUUCGAUCACUCGCCGUCCGUCGGCCCAGCUAGCAAAGGCAGACGUGUGGACUCCGUGGAUAACUUCACCCCUUCUAACACUCCGUCUCGGGAAGAUGACCCCAAGUCCCACCUCAAGUCCCGCUCUCGUUCACCCUCCAUGGCUAGUGACGUGGAGCCAAUAGAGUUGAUCGAUCAUCCUCGCUCAGUUCAGACGCCCACCAUUCGCUCAGUAGGUUAUGGCAGUAUCGGGCGCUCCUCACCUAAGCCCAAAGCACAUCAGUUUGUAGUGAAGACAUUCAACACACCCACUAAGUGUAACCAGUGCACCUCUCUGAUGGUGGGGCUCAUCCGUCAAGGCUGUACGUGUGAAGUAUGCAACUUUUCCUGCCAUGUAACGUGUGCGGACAAAGCUCCAGCUGUGUGCCCCGUGCCGCAGGACCAGACCAAGGGCCCGCUGGGCAUCGACCCUCAGAGGGGGAUCGGUACUGCUUACGAAGGACACGUCAGGGUGCCCAAACCAACCGGGGUGAAAAAGGGUUGGCAGAGGGCGAUGGCUGUGGUCUGUGACUUUAAACUGUUCCUCUAUGAACUGGGAGAAGGAAAAGCAACACAGCCAAGUGUGGUAGUCAGUCAAGUCAUAGAUAUGAGGGAUGAAGAGUUUUCAGUCAGUUCAGUCCUGGCCUCUGAUGUCAUCCACGCCAGCCGCAAGGACAUUCCUUGUAUAUUCAGAGUGACGGCGUCCCAGCUGUCCCCCUCCAGCAGCCACAAGCCCUCCAUCCUGAUCCUGGCCGACAGCGACCAGGAGAGGAACAAGUGGGUGGGCCUCCUCAACGAGCUCCACCGCAUCCUAAAGAGGAACAAGCUCAAGGAGCGCUUCGUCUACGUCCCCAAGGAGGCUUACGACAGCACCCUGCCCCUCAUCAAGACGACACAGUCUGCUGCUAUCAUAGAUCACGAGCGCGUCACCCUGGGCAACGAGGAAGGCCUUUUUGUCAUCCAUGUCACCAAAGAUGAAAUAAUCCGGGUGGGGGACAACAAAAAGGUGCACCACAUUGACCUGAUGCUCCAGGAGCAGCUGCUGGCGGUCAUCUCUGGCAGGAACCGCCACGUCCGCCUCUUCCCCACGCAGGCCCUGGACGGCCGCGAGACCGAGUUCUACAAGCUGGCAGAGACGAAAGGCUGCCAGACCAUCGUGUCGGGUCCGGUCCGCAACGGCUCCCUCACCUGCCUCUGUGUGGCCAUGAAGAAUAAAAUCAUAUGUUAUGAGGUGAAUAAGAGUAAAAUGCGUCACCGUCGGCUGCGGGAGCUGCAGGCCCCGGGGCCGGUUCAGUGGAUGGGUCUGCUCAGUGAGCGUCUCUAUGUGGGCUAUCAGUCUGGCUUCACGCGCUACAGUGUCCAUGGGGACAUGUCCCCUGUCAGCCUGCUCCACGCUGAGGACCACACACUGGCCUUCAUCCCUCAGCAGGGCCUGGACACCCUCUGUGCCGUGGAGAUCUCCAGCAAGGAGCUGCUGCUGUGCUUCAGUGCCAUCGGGGUGUACGUGGACUCACAGGGCCGCAGGUCGCGGCAGCAGGAGCUCAUGUGGCCGGCUGUGCCCAACGCUGCCUGCUACAACGCCCCCUACCUGUCCGUGUACAGUGAGAACGCCGUGGAUGUGUUUGAUGUCAACACCAUGGAGUGGAUUCAGACCAUCCCGGUCAAGAAGAUGCGACCUCUGAAUGUGGACGGCUCUCUGAACCUGCUGGGGCUGGAAACCGUGCGCCUUAUCUACUUUAGAAACAAGAUGGCCGAGGGCGACGAGCUGGUCGUCCCGGAGACGUCAGACAACAGCCGGAAGCAGAUGGUGCGCAGCAUGAACAACAAGAGACGCUACUCCUUCAGAGUGCCUGAAGAAGAGCGACUUCAGCAGAGGAGAGAGAUGCUGCGAGAUCCCGAGAUGAGAAACAAACUGAUCUCCAAUCCAACCAACUUCAACCACGUGGCUCACAUGGGACCAGGAGAUGGGAUCCAGAUCCUAAAAGAUCUGCCCAUGGAUAGCCGAGCGGGCUUCAGCGGCUCCGUCAGCAUUCCCUCCAUCACCAAGAACCGGGCCGAGCCGGGCCGCUCCAUGAGCGCCAGCAGCGGACUGGGCAUACGCUCGUCCUCGCAGAAUGGCAGCGCUCUGCGCAGGGAGCUGUCAGGAGGAAGCUACGGGUCCAAACGCCAGACCAUGACCUCUCCUUCCGAGAGCUCCCUGUCCUCUGGCGGAGGGGUGGACUGCGGCGAUGCUCCGCUCUCACAGUUCGACAGAGAGUGGCAGGCAGUCUCACCGUCGGAGAAGACCCCCGAUCUGAAAAGGGCUUUAAGGACCCUGCUUAGUAAGAUGAAGGAUUCGGACUCCCCGCGCCACUCCACGGCCUCCAACAGCUCCACCUUCAGCAGCCCUCCCAGCCCGGCCUCCCCACACAAGACCAAGUCCCUGUCCUUGGAGAGCACAGAAAGGAUGGGCUGGGACACAUGAGCCCCCAGCGACCCAUCCAACCCCCCUCACCCACCCACCCACCGACCGACCGACCGACCGACAGCACAGGACUCCAAAUUCUCCAACUCUUCCUGUUUUGAAUAUUGUUCCCUCACUGCCCAGAGAACUGCACCUGCUGCCCACCACUCCCUCCCAAAGAACAUUUGUCCCACUUUUACCCCCCCCACACUGUGUCUCAGCGUUCUUCCACAGUGGGGCUGAAACACUAAGAAAGCAAGGGACAAGCUAUCAAAUACUAUCAGUGGUGUACAUGUGGGUGCUGAUUGUGUGUGUGUGUGUGUGUGUGUGUGUGUGUGUGAGAAAGAGAGAGAGGGAGAGAAGGUGUGUGUGUGAUGUCGGGCAGGUGAUGCAGGAACAGGAAGCUCCCAUUUUGGCUCUUUUUGGUCAACUUGUCGAGAUUCACUGAGAGACUCUUAAAAAGUCACGAUGCAAUCCAAAAAGAAGAUGAAAUAUUAUUGAGAGCAGAAGGUUUGUACAUAGGACCCGCCGGGAUUCAGGGGGACAGUGUUUUAAUUUAUUUAUCAAUCAUAGCCCCCCCCUCCCCCCACCUGCUUUCUCUCUGGGUGCUGCAAAAAAAAUAAAAAAAGGAAUUACUUUUAUUUCUUGCUCCUGAUACUAAGUGCAGUGACUUUAUAAUAUUUUUAAUUUCCACCAUCAGCAAAAAGCUCCAACAGCGGCUCCUGUGACAUCACACGAAUCAUUUGGUUCCUCAGAGCGAACGACAUCAUCAGGGCUGCGUGUCCUCCGUAGAUGCCAAAACUCCCGUCACAGUCAUGUACAUAGGUUCAGAGUAGAGAAUAAUAUAUGAGAAGGAAAAUACUAUAGAGAACUACACGGACGGAAAACUCCGCCUUUAUUUUCCCGCUUUUGUUUGGAGUGAUUCCGGGUUGUAUCGCACUCGAAGCCAUUUUAAAACCACUUUUUUGUUUUUACUGAUUUAUUUUAGAUUUGUUUGUUUUCAUGUUGUUUCUAUGAUGUGUGUGUGUGUGUGUGUGUUCAUCCCUCCCCUCCACUUGAUAUGAGUGAAAAAAGAAAAGCUGACAUGUGUAUCGGCACUGCUGCCUGUACUCUCUCUCUCUCACACACACACACACACACACACACACAGGCGGUUGUUGCCUUGUUGUGCUCCUCUGACUGUUGGCGGCGUUUGAACGGUCGCUGAGCUCCGUUUCACCAAAUAUGGACAAAAGAGGGCGACGCUGCGACUUUGCUCAUUCCAACGAAUGUUUUAAUGACGUACUCGUGAAAAUUUGUAAGAGGAGGGAUUUAAAAUAAAAAGAAAAAAAAAAAAAGCUAAAAUGAGAAUGUAAACAGUGCGAGGAAGUCACACCUGGGCUUGGAGGCGAUGGAGUAAAUGACCUCAGUGCUGCCUGUUGUUGUGUGAGCUGAACAGGGCGGAGCUCUGAGCCGCCUCCACGGCACUACUUUACUUUACUUUCUUUCCUUUGUCAGAGUGGAAAGGCCUUUAAAAAAUAGAAGAGGGGGGAAAUGGUGUGGCAGCUUCUGGCUGCAGAGCAGGGCAUUCACAGCCAAAAACCUGUUACCUCUGUUCAUCUGUAAGCAGACUGAAAGGCAUUUUGACCCGAGGGACACGGCGGCGUGGCAUUAUCUGUGCAAAGAACCCACAGAGAGGGUUUUA